UGAAGCGAAGUAUACAAGCUACAAUGGAGCUGCUCAGUCCUCUAAACUGCUCUCUAUUAAAUGAUUUUGGUCACGAACGGUUAAAAACCUACCGAGUGACAACCUUUGGGGUUAUCAGUGCGAUUAUUAUAGUCUUCAAAAUAGUCAAGAUGAUUUGCUAUCAAGAGCAUCCCCUAAAGAACCCUCUAAAAGAGCCACUGAUAAGUAGACUAGCGAACAGAAGGGUGAUGCUGAGAGCGACACUCUUGGUAAUUCUAUCGCUGUCAUUGCCCUGGGUAAUACUAUUCUUCUGUGUCGCAAUAUUCUACAAGGGGAUAUGCUCUUUAGUGAUACGACUUAAGGAUCAUCAUUUCGUGAGCUUCCUGGACAGCUUCGACGUAUUCUGGAGUCUAGAAGACGAUGCGAGUAAAAGUGUGAUCAAUAUUCUCGGCAUCAUAGAAGCAGAUUCUGCUGAAAUAUUGAUAGAACACGUAAAAGAUAAGCUACAAGGCAUCGUAACAAACGCAGAGAUAGAAAAGAUAUUCUACAGAAGAAAUGAAGACUACGGUUUCUACUACUGGCGACGAUCCCCAUACGUAGACUUAGAUCAGUACGUUAGAUUGGUUAGCGUAUGUAAUCAUAAGGAGCUAAGCGUAGAAGAUCUAGAAGAAGUAAUGUCAGAAUUAUCAUAUGAAUCUUUACCCUUUAACGAUGAAGGUCUAUUUCAAAUACUAGUGACUAGUAAUAGGAUUAAUAAUAGCGACAAUAACGAGAAAGGAGACUACGGCAUUAUAUUUAGGAUACACCAUUCCGUUGGUGAUGGAGUUGCUUUAGUGCAGUUUUUAUGCCAGGUUCUGGCUGAUGAGAAAAAAAACGAACCGACACUGCUUUGUAUGCCCGAAACAUACAAGUUGCGCAGUGUCAUGUCCGUCACUGAUAUGCUAGAGAUGCUAUUGAAGCUGUGUGAAAUACCGAUUUGCUUUAUCGAUGGAAUACUGAGAGAUCCAGAUAUAAGCAGUUUGCAUGGCCAGAAACUCCUAGGGAAGAAGGUUUACAAGUGGAUAGAAACGCAAGAGAAUCUUUUUGACAUGAUCAAAGAGAUAAAGGUUGCGGGUAAAAGUUUCAACUUUUCGGACAUUUUGGUAACUGCACUCUCGCAUGGACUUAAACGGUUUUUCUUGAAGGAAGAAAUGGAUUCAAUUAUACCUAUUCCAGACAAUGUAGCCGUAAUAUUACCGAUACGUUUUAAAAAGAUAGAUUAUAACGAUAGUGUUAGGUUUGAAAACGAUUUUACCGUAAGUAUAUUAGAUCUACCCAUUAGAGGAGACGAGUUUGAUGUAAGAGAUCGUUUCAAGGGGUUGAGAAAUAGUGCGGAUCCGUUGACGAACUACUAUUUCCUGAAGGUAUGUGGAGUGCUGCCGAGGGAUGUACUCCAGCCCAUGUUCACCAGCAGCCAGGCCACGAUGGUGUUCAGCAAUAUGCCUGGUCCUCACGGAAUUAGCAUUGCUGGUGGUGAUUUGAAGUCGCUGGUAUUUUUUAUACCGAAUAAUGGAACUACAGGUUUAGGAGUAACAGCGCUCUGCUACGGAGGAGUUUUACGGUUGGCUGCCAUGGCCGACAGCGCGGUGGUCCCCAGCUCUGACAAACUCGGUUUGAUUCUGGAUGGAAUGGUGGAGGAGAUAGGAAGACUACAUAGCAAGUACGUCGAGUGAUUGAUGAAGAUGGCUCAAGCACAACUUAUUGGCGUCUCAGUAAAAGUUAUGGAGACCGUCAGCCGAGGAGAGCCAGAAGAAUUGAGCAGCAGCUAGCAAAGCACAAUUGAAACCUGCUGUUAUGUAUUCUUCUUAUGUAAGAUAAUAAAUAUUGCAAUUUUAUUGUUUUGUAAGUUAGUUAAAUUAAAAUUAAAAUGUU